UUUGGCGGAGCGGUCCCUCUCUGGUGUGGCUUUCUAGGACAGUUCCCAUUUUCCGAGGCCUCUGACCUGCGAGCAAAGAGGAAAUCGGCGAGAUGACGGACCGCUACACCAUCCACAGCCAGCUGGAGCACCUGCAGUCCAAGUACAUCGGCACUGGCCACGCGGACACCACCAAGUGGGAAAGGCUGGUGAACCAGCACCGCGACUCCUACUGCUCCUACCUGGGCCACUUCGACCUCCUCAACUACUUCGCCAUUGCGGAGAAUGAGAGCAAAGCUCCAGUCCGCUUCAACGUGAUGGAGAAGAUGCUGCAGCCCUGCGGACCGCCAGUGGACAAGCCAGAGGAGAACUGCGCUCCUGCAGGUCCGCGCUCUGCUGCAGAGCACCCGUAUUCCUCCGGUGUGCGACCUGCCCGUGUGCCCUGA